AUGUCUGUCUCGUCCGUGGUGAUGGAAAAAUAUUUUAGCUUUUCUUUCCAACCUGCCUUUUACUUAGAACUAAUGUUACCUUGCUCUUUUUCUGCUUCCCGCUUGUCAGGAUUUGGUGGGCUUGAAACUACAAACUCCACUGCCAGUGGGUUUAAUUUUGGGGGUUUCGGAUUAACUGCUAAUCCCGCGGUGAAUUUUAAUAUUGGCAAUUUCGGUGUUUCCACUACCUCAACUCCACCGUUCAAUUUUGGUAACAGUCUGGCAAGUGCAGGUGCCUUCGGAGGGUUUGGGACAACCACCACCACCGCGGGACCAGCCUUCAGCUUUUCCGCCCCCACCAACACCGGCACCAGCGGACUCUUUGGCGCUACCCAGAACAAAGGCUUUGGAUUCGGUACUAGUUUUGGCACAGGAACUGGAACCGGCCUGGGUAGUGGGUUGGGAACCGGGCUCUGCUUUGGAGGCUUCGGUACCCAGCAGCAACAGAGCACAUUAGGAAGCGGCUUGUUCAGCCAGCCUGCUCAGACCCCCGCCCAGUCGAACCAGCUCAUCAAUACAGCCAGUGCCCUCUCGGCUCCAACGCUCUUAGGAGACGAGAGAGAUGCAAUUUUGGCAAAAUGGAACCAGCUGCAGGCCUUCUGGGGAACAGGCAAAGGGUACUUCAGCAACAACAUUGCUCCAGUGGAGUUCACGCAGGAAAACCCCUUUUACAGGUUUAAGGCUGUGGGUUACAGUUUAAUGCACAACAAAAAAGAUGAAGAUGGCUUCGUGGCCUUGGUCUUCAACAGAAAAGAAAUAGAUAUUCGAAGCCAGCAGCAGCAGCUCGUAGAAUCACUACACAAAAUUCUGGGAGGAAACCAGGCCCUCACCGUCAACGUAGAAAGUGUUAAAACGAUUCCAGAUGACCAGACAGAAGUGACCAUUUACGUUGUUGAGCGCUCGCCCAACGGCACUUCGAGGAGAGUUCCUGCAACGACCCUCCACGCCCACUUGGACCAAGCCAACAUAAAAUCGUCUCUGCAGCAGCUGGGGGUCAGCCUUUCCAUGACCAGAAUGGAGCUUUCCCCAGCACAACUCAAACAGCACCUGCAGAACCCUCCUGCUG